AUGGCUCGAUUCUUACUCAUGUUCAGCCUGCCUCUCGCAGCCUGGUGUCAGUUGAAUGCUCUACCCUCUCCCCCUGGGUCAAAGGUAUACGUCAGUGAAUUUCCCCUGACGGACCAUUCGCGUGUUGACCCACUGGCGCCGUGCUGCAACGAAUCUCGCCGGCUGAUGUUGUCCCUCUUCCAGCCAGCCAACUGCAGCCAGACACAUCAAAUCCCAUACAUGCCACCUGCAACGGCAGCGUCCCACGAUGCCAUGUUCGGCUUUUUGGGAAUACCGAACGGGACGUUCGAAUCCUUCCGCCUCGAGACGUGUCCCGCACCUCCCAAGAAUACCGACUUUCCCGUAUUGCUAUUCUCGACAGGAGCGGGGACUUCCCGCCUGGUAUACAGCGUCCUCUGUCAGUGGGUCGCUUCCAUGGGGUUCAACGUCAUUUCGAUCGACCACACCUACGACGCUCCAAUAGUGGAAUUUCCAGAGGGCACCAUCAUUCCAGCCGCCAACCUAACGCUUCUAGAGGAUCUGGAAAAAGUGCUUACCGUCAGGACUGCGGAUGUGCUUUCCGUGUUGAAGGCGAUCUCCAAUUCCACCACGACAAAGGAACUUGGGAUACCGCUCUUCAGGACCAAGCGUGUGGGAGUGUUCGGACACUCUCUGGGCGGCGCAACUGCCGCAGACGCGAUGCUGCUGGACACCAGGCUUGUUGGAGGCUUGAACAUGGACGGUAGUGUCUAUGGGCAAGCGGUGAAUAAGACCCAGAAAAACCCCUUCACGAUCUUCGCGGCACAGCACCAUAAUCAAUCCAGCGACGCGACUUGGGCUGCGUUCUGGCAACAAUUGAAAGGAAUCAAAUUGCAACUCGAGGUCAAUGGCUCAAUGCAUGGCACAUUCGUUGACUAUCCUGUGUUGGCCAACAGCCUAGGCAUCAAUUCGACCUCGGUGCCUGCCGUAGCAGAGUUCAUUGGGAGUAUCGGCGGUGCCAGAAUGUUCAAUAUCCUCCGAUCAUAUAUUGGAGGCUUCUUCCAAGAGGUGCUGGGGUCGAAACAGGUCAAGCUGCUCGAGGGCCCGAGCCUGCAGUUUCCCGAAGUAUCGUUUAUGAACCGAUCACUGAGCACAGCAGCAACAACUUGA